AUGGAGGAGCAGGUGUUCAAGGGGGACCCGGACACCCCUCAUUCCAUCUCCUUCUCGGGCAGUGGAUUCCUGUCCUUCUACCAGGCUGGGGCCGUGGACGCCCUGCGGGACCUGGCCCCAAGGAUGCUGGAAACGGCCCAUCGCUUUGCAGGGACAUCAGCAGGGGCCGUGAUUGCGGCCCUGGUCAUAUGCGGGAUUGAAAUGGAUGAGUACCUCAGAGUCCUCAAUGUGGGUGUGGCUGAGGUGAAGAGAUCCUUCCUGGGGCCCCUGGCCCCGUCCUGCAAGAUGGUGCAGAUGAUGAGGCAGUUUCUGUACCAGGUCCUGCCCGAGGACUCCUACAAGGUCACCACGGGGAAGCUCCACGUGAGCCUCACCCGCCUCACGGAUGGGGAGAGUGUUGUGGUUUCAGAGUUCACGUCCAAGGAAGAACUCAUUGAGGCCCUGUACUGCAGCUGCUUCGUGCCUGUGUAUUGUGGCCUCAUCCCCCCAACCUACCGCGGCGAGAGGUACAUCGACGGGGCCUUCACGGGCAUGCAACCCUGCUCCUUCUGGACAGACUCCAUCACCAUCUCCACCUUCAGCGGGCAGCAGGACAUCUGUCCCCGGGACUGCCCCGCCAUCUUCCAUGACUUCCGCAUGUUCAACUGCUCCUUCCAGUUCUCCCUGGAGAACAUCACCAGGAUGACCCACGCGCUGUUCCCCCCGGACCUGAUGGCCCUGCACGAUUACUACUACCGAGGGUACGACGACACAGUUCUGUACUUGAGGCGGCUCAAUGCUGCUUACCUUAAUUCUCCCUCCAAGAGAGUGAUCUUCCCCCGGGUGGAAGUGUACUGCCAGAUAGAAGUCGCCCUCAGCAAUGAGUGCCCUGAAUGCAGUCCACCAAGCUCCCGAUCAGAGCAGGCCUGUCUGGAAGAACCCACACAGCUUCACACACAGUGGGCCCCUGAAGGGGAUGGACUUGAUGGCCAUGGUCCACCUGUGUCCCCUCCUGAACAGACACCUGACUCCACAUGUGAGUCACCUGUUUCUCCACCUGUCUGUUCAUUAGAGCAGUCACCUGCAUCGCCACUGGCCCCAUCACCACCACAUUCUCUGACUGACUUGCCACCUGUGUCACCUACAUCACUCUCAGCUGUGCACUUACCACCCAGCUCAACAUCUAGCUCACCACUGCCCACCACACCAUCUGGUCUGUCACCUGUGUCGCCUCAGCAGCAGGUACAACCACCUGGAUCACCACCCAGAUCCCCGCCCUCCCAGGCAUCCACAUCACCCAGCCCAUCCCUGGGACCUUCAGCUGUGGGGGCACCUCAAAUAUCGCCCCAAGGUUCUCCUUUGGCAUCACCAGCACAGCCACCUGCAGAGGACCUGCACCCAGAACAGCCUCAGGCUGUAGCUCCCUUCGCCUCUUCAAAUCCAAAAAGCACCGCUCCUCCGGUUAAUGUGAAGGAAGCCAUCAGCAAGUCUCACGUAACGGAGAGGCCUACUGAAGACUCAAACUGUGUGAAUAAGGUAUUCAAGAAGAACAAACAAAAGACGAGUGGCACCAGAAAAGCCUUCUCAAGACAUUUGCGAUCCAAAAAACCAAGCAGCAAAGUGCAGUGA